UCCCGGACCCCUUGUAUUUGCCCGGAGCUCCAACCAAACAUUUCCAUCGCUACUUCCUCUUUCCGUCCCAUUUCCCUUUUGCCUUCUAGGGUUUCUUCCCUCCUCGAUCCACUCCCGGGCACGAUCGCUCUCCGUAAUGGUCGCCGGCAACCGCCAGAAUGAGGACGGGAACAAGUCCACGGCGAGCAUCCCCAAGCCCCACGGUGGCGGGGGGCGCUCGUCGUGGGGUACGCCGGCGUUCUCCGGCGGACAAUCGGCGUCCACGAGCGGGAGCGUUGGGUCCCCAUCGAGCCGGAGCGAGCUGGCGGCGGCGACGCCCGUGAGCGAGAGCACCUUCGUGAGGCUGAACCACCUCGACAUCCACGGGGACGAUGCUGGCUCAUCUCUAGGGGCCGUGAGUGGCAAGAAGAAAAAAAGGGGAGCACGGGCUGUUGGCGGUGAUAAAAGUGGUAGAGGACUCCGCCAGUUCAGCAUGAAAGUUUGCGAGAAAGUGGAAAGCAAAGGAAGAACAACUUACAACGAGGUUGCAGAUGAACUCGUAGCUGAAUUUACUGAUCCUAACUGUAAUAUGGUAACUCCAGAUCAGCCAGACUAUGAUGGGAAGAAUAUACGGCGGAGGGUGUACGAUGCCCUGAAUGUUCUUAUGGCAAUGGAUAUUAUAUCUAAAGAUAAAAAGGAAAUACAGUGGAAGGGUUUACCUCGAACUAGUCUAAAUGAUAUCGAAGAAUUAAAGGCAGAGCGUAUUGGAUUGAAAAGUAAGAUCGAAAAGAAAACUGCAUAUUUGCAAGACUUACAAGAUCAAUUUGUAGGUCUGCAAAACUUGAUCCAACGGAAUGAGCAAUUAUACAAAUCUGGAAAUGCUCCUUCAGGCGCAGUGGCUUUACCUUUUAUCUUGGUUCAGACUCGUCCACAUGCAACUGUAGAGGUGGAAAUAUCAGAAGAUAUGCAACUGGUGCAUUUCGACUUUAACAGCACUCCUUUUGAGUUGCAUGAUGACGCAUUUGUUCUGAAAGCAAUGAGAUUCAGGGAACGAGAACAUAACAAUAGUGCCCUUGAGCCCAGUUCAAAUGGAGGUGAAUGCCCCAGUACUCUGGGCAUGUAUCAGCAUCACGUGCAACAACCUUCAAGGCCCAAUUCUACAAAUAAGCUGCCCUCCUCACCUCCUAUUCCUGGAAUUCUAAAGGCACGUGUGAAACAUGAACACUAGUCUGUUAUUUUUCAACCUGUUUUUCUCAUGUGGGCUACCUAUCCUUUCCUGCCCCCGUUCUCCAUAAUCCAUAUUUUUUUAUUGUUGUAUAGUGCAUGUAAUUAGUGGAUAAAUGGGGAAAAUCAACAAGAGUCUUCUGCUUUUCUAGCUUUUCUUCAUAACAAGUUGGAAGGAUCAAGGGCAGCAGGGUCCUGCUGCUUCCUUGAGGUGCUCCUUAGGGUGCUAACCUGGCAUUUCACUGGUUCAGAAAUUGAUGUUAUUGUAAUGUAAUGGUGUAAUUUUUUUGCUGAUAUUAUAUUGGUGUGGAUUUUUAUGGAACUUGUAGGUCAUUGGAUAUCACAUAUUACUUGGAACCCUAACCCUUUGUACUGAA